AACUAAAACUCCCUCAGAUAAACCGUACUAUGAGCCAGUUACAGUGAGUGACAGUUACCUAGCUAGCUAACAACAAAGCAGCAACUGUGGAUGCCUGUUUAAUAUUGAGCUCCCAGUAGAUUUUUAUUCUCUUACUUUUAACAGAAAAGGGAACAUGAAAGCGCAUUGAUCAUAUUGUUGGAAGUGACAAGGCAUCCGUUUUCGAAAGCAAACUCGAAGAGUUUUGGUAACAUUAUUUAGCAAGCCAAGAGAAUAAUAUAUUUUGCUAAUUGACUGCAAAUUUGUCUGGAUAGAUUCUGAGUUGGGAUUCACGUGCAGCUCCAGCUACUGGACAUCUGGCCUGGACUUUGACAAGGAGCAGUGCAUUGCCACAGCGCUCACAUCCAUAUCCGAGGCUUCCACAAUGUCCCGGCGUAGCCUCCGGAUACACUCUACCACGGGUCACUAUGGAGAUGAAAGCCUGCUGGACUCAGCCCCCAGCCUAGGCUUCAACGCCUCCUACAGCGCUGGAGGCGCCAGUCGCAGAGACGCCAUCCAGGCAAUUAAGAGCAGGCGGACUCAGUCUCUGCUCCAGACCCCCAGGAAGAGUGCCCAGGGCCAGGCCCACAACAGCAGCCUCCACAGCUGUGCUGCCAGCGAUGCUUCUCUGCUCUCCUCUAUGCUGGACGAGUCCUGCAUCCAGGAGAGGACACUGGUCGACAACUUCUGGGGAUUGGAUGAGGAGGCUGAACUCCAAGACCAAACCAUAGUGCUUCAAACUAACGGAGAGACCUCAGCCCAGACCCAGACAUCCAUGGUCAACGGUUACUUCUGUACUGUCCACACAGACGGGCAGGGACCCCUCACUACCUACCCCUCUGCUUCCUCCUCUUCCAAGUACAUCACUUCCUCUUCUACGGCAGCCCUUGCCCGCCCGGCCAUCAGUGAGCACGCUCAGACUACAGGCCCCGCCUCCUCAGCCUUGUCCCCGCCCCCCACAAUCUACAGUAGAGACAAGAGCCGCAAGACCAAGACAGGUGUGCUGUACGCAGUGUGCUCCAUGUGUCUAAAGUACAGCAGAAGAGCUGCAGCCUCCACAGUGUCAGUGUCGACUGUAGUCUUGCAGUGUGCAGUGGCGUUGGCCUCUGCUGCCUUGCAGGUUGCUGUGCUCAGGUGGAGCCAUGGGGCCCAGACAAGGCAUGGAACAGUAGUAGACAACGAUGCUCACAGCAGUUCCUGUGGAAGUAUGAACGUGAAGGAGCUGGAGGCUGAAGAGGGACACCUGGAUCUGAACGGACCUCUGUGUGAUGACUGCAAAGAAAAACACCGCAUGGAUUCACAUGCAGCCUGUGCAUCUUCAUCUAUUUGGUUGUCCAGGUCACUCUGCCUGUUGGGGCCAUUGUGGAUCAUCAUUGCUUACACAGGGUCCUGCCUGCUGUUGAUUGGUCAAAAAGUGGGCAUUGCCAGCGGGGCAAUAACGCAAAGGCUGAUGUUGGCUGCCCUGUCCCCAUUGGCUGCCCUGUCCCCAGGGAAGGCAGCGACGGGUGUAUUCCGGUGGCUAAGGACCGGAUGGUAUCAUCUCAUCACGCUCAUGUCCUUUCUCAAUGGGUUUGUCUUGACACGGUGUCUUCCCAGGCUGCUUAAACUGCUUCUGCUGCCGUGCCUACUACUUGUGGCUGUGUGGUGUUGGGGACCCUCAAGCUUGCUGUCUGGCCUGCCAGCCUUCAGCAUGACAGAGUGGGUGCCAGCCAGCCUCUCCGUCCCCAGAGACGGACACACACCCAGGGCUGCCCUCUUCACAGCUCCCCCGUCAGAGCCACACCAGGAAGAGGGCUCCGUGUCCUCCCUCCACUCUGAGCGCCUAGCCCGGCUGGAGGAGAGCCUAUCCAAGCUGUGGGAGCAUGUGGAGGGGGGAGGCCAGAGGAUGGAGCAGCAGCACGGGGAGGUGAUGGGACUCUACCAGGCCCUCCAGGAGCAGCUCCCCUCUCAGGCAGAAGGGGGCAGCCUGGAGCCCUGGGUGUCCAGGCUGCUGGAGGACCGGCUGGUGAGACUCAGGGCAGAGAUGGCGGAGGAAGAGUCUGCCCACAGGGAACAGUCUCAGCAGCAGGAGGUUAGGAGCUCUCGUCUGGAUCAAAUGGAGCUCCUGCUGCAAGCCCUCAGUCUCAAAACAGAGGAGGUACAGAAGAGACAAGAGACAAUGACACCUCCUUCAGUAUUUGCUCCAGUAUCUACACCAUCACCUCCACUUGUACCUGUUCCAGACAUCGUGGACCGCGAUUCCCAUGAUGCUUUGCUGGCAGAAGUGCAAAGGCUGGAGCUUGUGCUGGUCGGCAUCAGAGAGGACCUGCAGGGGGUGAUGGGAUGUCAGGGCAGAUGUGGCCAGCUGGACUCCCUCCAGGACACAGUUUCAGCGCAGGUGUCAGACCAGGUGCGUCAAGAGCUCCGGAGCCUGUUCUACGGCAGUCAGAAGGACCCACCUGAAGACCCCCACUCUUCUGAGCCAGGUUCUGGGGAGACAGAACUGCCCGACUCCCUGCUGCUGUGGCUGUCUGAACGCUACGUGAGCGGGGCUGACCUGCAGGCCUCGCUGGCCUCCUUGGAGCUGCGCAUCCUGCAGAACGUCAGUGUGCAGCUGCAGCACGACCACGGCAGCCAGCAGGGGCCCUGCACACAGAGCCUCACCCAGACCGUGCUGCAGACCGUGGGAGCUGCAGGGGCCACCCAGGUGACGGAGGAGGAAGUGCAGCUGAUUGUGAGAAAUGCCCUGAAGUUAUACUCCGAGGAUCGGACAGGCCUGGUGGACUAUGCCCUUGAGUCUGGAGGUGGCAGCAUCAUGAGCACUCGCUGUUCAGAGACCUACGAGACCAAGACGGCUCUGAUGAGUCUGUUUGGCCUGCCGCUCUGGUACUUCUCCCAGUCUCCUCGAGUCGUCAUUCAGCCUGACAUCAAUCCAGGGAACUGCUGGGCAUUCCGAGGCUCCAGUGGUUACCUGGUGAUCCGCCUCUCCAUGAAGAUCCGCCCCUCUGCCUUCUCAAUGGAGCACAUCCCCAAAGCCCUGUCCCCAACAGGACGGAUCAGCAGCGCCCCACGCCAGUUCACUGUCUACGGCCUGGAUGAUGAGAGCCAGGAGAGGGGGAAGUUAUUAGGCAACUACACCUAUGUGGAGGAUGGAGAUGCACUGCAGACUUACCCUGUCUCUGAAGUGAAUGUCGAUGCCUACCAGAUCGUUGAGGUGCGGGUGCUGUCCAACUGGGGCCAUCAGGAGUACACCUGCCUGUACCGUGUCAGAGUACAUGGAGAGCCCGUUUAAAACGGAGCAGGUCAUAGACUGGUAUUGGUAAAUCUUUUGGUGUUCCAAUUCUAAUGACUUGUCAUGGGUGCCUAGUAUCUGCCUUCGUGUUCAUUAUGCAAACAAGGAAUGUGUUUGAAAGAGUUUGGGUGAACACACAAACACACUGACACCAUUGGUUCUUUAGCUCUGUAGAUAAGAUGCACUGUAUUUGUAACUGUAUUGGUUAAAUGUUUCAACCAAACUUCCCUCUGUCUUCAUUCAAUUGGAGUUGUGUAGGAGACCAAAAAUAGAUGGAUGUCGUUGGGCCCUUACAGCUCAAUGUGAAGGUAUUCUUUACCAUACUAUCCAUUUGGACACAAAAACCACUGGAGGAAUGUAACUUAAACGCUGUCAAUAGUUUUGUCUUUUUAAAAGUCUACAAAUAUCAGUGUUGCUUUGAAUUGUACAUUAUGCUGAACUUGUCAAAUGUAAUUUUACUUUAAUAAUUUGUUUUUAAAGGAAGGAAUUGCACAAAAGUAAUAAGAAAAUGCACUGAUUGUAGGGCAUACUGUAAUAUUGUUAAUUGUUUAUCACAACCCAAUAUAGAUAAACUGCAAGUGCCCAGUUAUAAAUAUUUUAUUUAUUUCUGUAUUUUUCAGUUAUUGAAAUAAGAAUCUGUAUUUUUGUACAUUAUUUUCAGACAGUUUAAAUGUGUUGUAAAGAUACGGGUUUUUAUAUUUUAUUUUGUACAUGGUUGCAUUUGAAAAUGUUAUAAUAAAGUUCUUACUUUUA